AUGCCUCAGCGUCGAGGAUGGAGACAGCCCAAACAAGACCACAGCGUGUAUGUGCAGCAGUUGUUUAGAGAUUUUCUGACGCGGAAUGGAGAAAUCCCUAUUACUGCCGGGCCAAAUGACGCACGGAUGAAUUUCUGUGGGCCCAAACCUGGCGUUACCGAGCAGCGAAAGCAACCGGGUAUAUUUGACCGUGCUGUGUAUGCUCGUUUUGAACGCAAUACAAAUAACGGAAGCUUUAUUCGCCAAGAACCAACGCACAGAUCAAAAACAGGACUUAUGAGAUGGAUUGAUCAACAGCGCAACAACCGUUCGCAACGAAAUGUGGCGCAGAAGCCACCGCGCUUGGAUGACUAUCUGAAUUUGCCAGGGAAUUUCUUCUCUGAAACGGAUCAUAUGAAACUACCAUUCGAAGUGGCUGACAGAACGAUAGGCAAUGUAACGAGCAAUUUUGUUCCACCAGCAACAUCAACGCCUUUUGAUCGCAUGGCUUCGUUCGGUGUAUCUGGAGUGCUCUCUGAUCCGGAAGAACUUCAGUCGAAUCGUCCCGUUAUCCAAUCAACCUCUAGCACAACAUCCAGUAUUUGGGAUUUGUUCUUGAAAAAUUGCGAAGAUUAUUUAACCGACGUUACAAACGAACACGAAUGCACCAGCGAAUGGAUCCACCAGCGACAGGAAAUGCAAACACUUGUGCAAACGGGAGAAAUUAAUUUAUCCGAUCAUUACAAAUAUCGACCUGACAUAGGUACAGAUACUAUUCCCGUUAAGACUUCGAAGCAUAGCGAAAUCAUAGGUGAACCACUCGCUAACAGCAGAGAUAAUUCGCUGACUACUAAUUGUUAUCACGCUCAAAACAGUCGAACAUUUGACCUUAUGUCGUUAGUAACUCCUAUGGAAACCCAUGACAUACUGAACCCAUUCCCUGUUAUUCUGGACGAUCUAAAGCCGGACCAGGACCCGAUGCUGAAGAAACGAAAAAAAAGAAAUAACGUCACAUUUUUAAUUGAUCCAAAUUCUCAAAGCAAAUUCAAAACGUGUUCAACCGUCCAAACAACACAGAAGGAAUCAAGCCAGGUGGAUGAUAUAUUGCUUACUGCAUCGCCACCUUCUCCAAAUAUGUCUUCGAAUCGUGCACGUUAUUUGUACGAAGAAAGCACUUUCCUUUUGGACCGAAUGCCAUCCGACGAUACGCUAUUGGAAAAAUUGGAUGCACUGUUGGAAGAAGAGGAAUUCAGUAUACACGGCGGAAUAACAAUUCCCGACAUUGAUUUCUACACUUUAGCGAAUCAACCAACGAUUGAUAUUUCCUUUCCCAGCCAGUUGAAAGCAAUGAAUCAUCCUACAGAUGAUUCUAUUGUUGCAAACGCAGAUUUUCCAGAUACUCCAAUGUAUUUAACGCAAGAUUUGACGAUAGCGCCAACUAUACAGAAUUUCCAAGAAGCUAUGUUUUGA